AUGUGCACAGCAAACCGCCUUCCCCCCAUUGCAAGCGUGACCUGCGACAGGGAGCUGAAGAAGGUUCCAGGGAAAGGAGACACUGGUAUGACCAACGAGGAGAGCAGAUACAGUGCUAAACACAGGAAUCAAAUGGAUAGAUUGGAAUCUAAUGGAUACAUUGCCAAUACAACAUCCCCUAGCAGAUGGGACAGUUUCUCAUCUUCUGCUCAAAAAGGUCCAAGUGUCAGUGAGCCUUCAAGCCUCCCCAGACUGUCUGCUCACCUAGACACUGCUGUAGAUUUGGAUCAGAAAUCCUCUUCCUCACAUUCUGAUCACUCCUCUAAAACCUCUUUGACUAAAAUCCAAGAGAAUGAAUAUCCCAAGGAAUUCAGCCUGCUUCAGAUGCAGACAAAAGACGGGCAGCGUCCAGAGUGGUCGUUUUACCCAAGGUUUAGCAGCAAUAUCCACACCUACCAUGUUGGAAAGCAGUGCUUCUUUAAUGGGAUCUUCCUCGGUAAUAGGAGAUCUCAGUCAGAGAGGAUGGUGGACAAGUGCUUGGGGAGAAAGAGAUAUGAUAUUGAUCCCAGGAAUGGAAUCCCAAAGUUAACUCCGGGGGAUAAUCCAUAUAUGUACCCAGAACAGAGUGAAGGCUUCUACAAAGCAGGAUCAACUCUCCCACCAGUGAAUUUUUCCUUAGUGCCUUAUAAAAAGAAAUUUGAUACAUUUAUUCCACUUGAACCUCUUCCACAAAUUCCCAUCUUGCCUUUCUGGGUGAAAGAGAAGGCCAACAAUUUGAUGAAUGAGAUAAGAGAAGUUGAAGAGCUUGACGAUUGGGUUCCAGCAGUGCCCUUAAUACGGAGUUUAUUCCCUUAUGGUGGGUUGAAGAACCUUCAAAAAAUAGCAUAA